AAAAUUUGGAAAACAGAAAAGCAGCAGCUCCUACAGCCCCUCCAAGCCAAAAGCAACCAUUCUCACCAUUUUGGUAUAUAUUCUUCCAAGUUUUUAAAAAUGCAUGCAUACUUUUUUUCCUCAUGGUUGGGAUGAUCUUGUAUACACAGUUUUUUAUCUAACAGUAUUUGGUGAUCAUUUUCCUAUGCCAUUAAAUAUUCUUAGAAUCUAUUUUUAUCAGCUGUUUAAUAUUCCAUCAUGCAUCAUUGAACUAUUCAUUGAGUUUGAACGUCCUGAAGAUUUGCAGGGUCUCUCAGAGAUUGAUAUUCAGAGCUGGGGAGGGAGAUAGAGGAAGGGAAGGUGUGAGAGAUCAGGCCCACCAGUAAGGGACACAUGGGGCUGCCGGAGAUAAUCCUAUUUCAGUGUUUCUGUCCUUUCCUAGCAUCUUUGUGCCAAGGCCAGAGGAGAAAGUUGGGGACAAGCCCGGUCUUUGGCCAUGAGUUCCAAACUUUUUGUUUUGAUCUUGUCCUUCAGAAUGACAGCUACUAACUUGGCUACCCCAGUUUUAAACGGAGGCCAGAAAUUCUCCGUCGACACAGAUGCGCCCUCGGUUUCCGGAGGCUUCCUACAUGGCUUGCGUCCUGUGCCACCAAGAAUCACAGCAAGGGGAAAACGAUGCACGGCUGGAACUGCCCUCACUCGUACUUCAUAACACGAACCUCCGACUAUUCAAUUAAAACGCGCAAUCGGUGUGUCCUCGGGGGAGGAGGCGGAAGAGAAAGCGUUGUUUCUGCCUGUGAUAUGAAAUGUGGUAUAACGUAUUUCAAGACCGCAGGCAUUGUACUAAGCUCGUUACAUGUGUUGGCAUAUUUGAAUCUCCCAAUCAUCUGUAAGGGUGAAGGUUGCCGAACUGUCCCCCUGGCUGGACAUGUGGGGUUUGACAGCUUGCCCGACCAGCUGGUGAAUCAGUCAAUCAGCCAGGGCUUCUGCUUCAACAUCCUGUGCGUGGGAGAGACAGGUUUGGGCAAGUCCACCCUCAUGGACACCCUGUUCAACACCAAGUUCGAGGGGGAGCCAGCCACCCACACACAGCCGGGUGUCCAGCUCCAGUCCAAUACAUAUGACCUUCAAGAAAGCAACGUGGGGCUAAAGCUCACAAUUGUUAGCACAGUGGGCUUCGGGGACCAGAUCAACAAGGAGGACAGCUACAGGCCCAUUGUGGAAUUCAUCGACGCCCAAUUUGAGGCCUACCUGCAGGAGGAGCUGAAGAUUCGCAGGUUACUGCACAACUACCAUGAUUCCCGCAUCCACGCCUGCUUGUACUUCAUUGCCCCCACGGGUCAUUCCUUGAAGUCUCUGGACCUAGUGACGAUGAAGAAGCUGGACAGUAAGGUCAACGUCAUCCCCAUCAUUGCCAAAUCAGAUGCCAUUUCUAAGAGCGAGCUAACAAAGUUCAAAAUCAAAAUCACCAGCGAGCUCGUCAGCAAUGGAGUCCAGAUCUACCAGUUUCCUAUGGAUGAUGAGGCGGUGGCAGAGGUCAACGGAACCAUGAAUGCCCACCUGCCGUUUGCUGUCAUUGGCAGCACAGAAGAACUGAAGAUAGGGAACAAGAUGGUGAAGGUGCGGCAGUAUCCCUGGGGCACGGUGCAGGUUGAAAAUGAAGCCCACUGCGACUUUGUGAAGCUGCGGGAGAUGCUGAUCCGGGUCAACAUGGAGGACCUCCGGGAGCAGACCCACAGCCGGCACUAUGAGCUGUACCGCCGCUGUAAGCUGGAGGAGAUGGGCUUUAAGGACACCGACCCCGACAGCAAACCCUUCAGCUUACAGGAGACGUAUGAGGCCAAAAGGAAUGAGUUCCUAGGGGAGCUCCAGAAAAAAGAAGAGGAGAUGAGACAGAUGUUCGUCCAGAGAGUCAAAGAGAAAGAAGCUGAACUUAAAGAGGCAGAAAAAGAGCUGCAUGAGAAGUUUGACCGUCUGAAGAAACUACACCAGGACGAGAAGAAGAAGCUGGAGGAUAAGAAGAAAUCCCUGGAUGAUGAAGUGAACGCUUUCAAACAGAGAAAGACGGCAGCCGAGCUGCUCCAGUCCCAGGGCUCCCAGGCUGGAGGCUCACAGACUCUGAAAAGAGACAAAGAGAAGAAGAACUUUUACUGUUUUACAGUUAACUCUGCUGUUUGCUGCAUGCUGCAUGAGACCCAGGGUCCCGGCGCCUUCAUCAUUACUUUCAAAAUUAACUGAACUGCUGUGACGAGGGGAACUGUUGAGUUCACAAGCCCUGUUCUGCAGCGUCACGGUCAGCCUUGGCGCCCAGGUUUGGGAAUGUUUUGAGCCAACGGAAACUUGCUUCUCUGUUUCCCUCUGGUGGCUGUUUCUUACCUGAGGGGUUCAAGUUCUCUAAUUUCGUUUGGCCCCCAAAACUAUAAUAAAAGUGGAAGAAAAUGAAGGUUCUCAGAUAUUAUAGAAUAUUUAAUUCUACAAGUACCAGCUUCAUGAACACCUUUGAUAAGUAGGUAAGCAGGUAACCGUUGGUAAGAUGGAUUCCUCAGGGCUAGGUGUUGUGUCUGCAGGAGCGAAUACAGCAGCCCCUGGCGUCACAUAGUUUAUACGUUGGUUAUAGCGAUGAUUAAGCUGCUUCUGUCUUUUUAACUAGACUCAGGUAGUGAGUGGGGAGGAACAUAAAUAUUUUAAAUCUCACAUAAUUAGGCUUAUUACCAUUGUUAAACUUUACCAUAGAAACUUUCAAGCAGGAACGAAAGAAGAGAGAGGACAGUACAAUGCAGCCCCACGUACCCACAACACAGCCCCCAAACAACUGUCAACAUACGCCAAUCCUGUCUUAUCUGUUGCUCCAAACCGGCUGGAUUACUGCAAAGCAAAACCCAUAUCAUUUCAUUUGCAAAUACUUCAGCAUGCAUCUCUAAGAGCUCAUGACUCUUAAAAAAAAUAAAUAACGACAACGCCACCAUUAUCACACCCCCAAAAUGAACAAUUCGUUCACACAAAAUUUCUAGUCAGUGUUCAGAAUACCCCGGCUGUCUCAUAAAUGCCUUUUACAUUUGGUUUGUUUGGGUCAGGGACUAUAAAAUAUUGAGAAGACUUCUCCCCACUCACCCAUGGAAUCUACGAUUUAAACGGAGAGCCUGCUGUUAGUCACCGAACUAAUUGCUGUAGCUACUGCCCUGGGGACUUCGGGCAGCUGGCAAAACAUCCUACUUUCAGGCAAAUCCCGAAGAGGAAGUCCAUAGAGGCUUCUGAAACAUAAGGCCCGUGAAAUCGGGCCAAAGGAAACACCCCGAAAAGAACAAUGAAAUGAUUUAUUGCCUGGCUUAAAAGCAAGUCUUGGAGCCCUGUUAGCUGACUUGAAUGAAAUAGCAGGUUUCCACCUAGGAAGACUCACAACUCCGAGAGUGUCUGUCCGUGGCUGCAGUCCCAGUGCCCAGCACAGAGGCCGACACUCAGUUCAUGUGUAUUUUCUUUGGCCCCCCCCACCCCAUUUUCAAUGAGGACAACAGGAAAGUUGCAUCCUGUUCAGUUAGAUUUCAGUUAAUGAAACCCGAAUUAAUGCUCUUUGACACAAUUUGGUUCAGCUUUCCCAGAGUAAAUCAUUGGUGAUGGCCAUUGCUAAAAUGAGUCCUGGCAAAGCUAUAAUUAAAGCCAUACUUCACAAGUGAGAGGCAAUUCGCAAACAGUGGGAACAGCCAACCCCGACCCUGAGUAGGUUGGCUUUUUCUGGCAUGCUCCUUGCCAGCACACCACAAAAGCAGUUCCAAACCGAAUGGGGGAAGGAGGCCUUGGCUCCCUGGGGUCUGAAAGCAGCAAAGGCAACCCGUCCAUCCCCCAAAGCCCUCAUUUCAGGGGUGGAUCACAAAGGCCACCCCUCAUUAACUAGAGUGCGGGCAGAGUGAGGCUUACUGUUCCCUGCUGGUUUUGAAAUGGCUUGAGGCACUGCUGGCAGCUGUCUGCAAUUGCAAGAGAAAUCCUUCCUCUGUGACCCGCACACAGUUGCAGGUGCUAUGUCUCAGUGGUUGCUGGCCCCUUGACCCUUGGUUGGGGGUGCCCAGUGCAUGGACGGUACACACAUAUCAAAAUACUUCAGCCUUCCCGUGCAGCCCAGGACAUAGGCUGUUGCAGUGUUCUAUAGGUUUCUCUUCCCCUAGGAAGUAGACAAAGAAGAAAAAUAGAGCUGAGCAUUUGUAUUACAUUUUCAUGCUAUUCAAAGUGUUUUUCCGUAUGGUACCGCAUUUUCACAUUACAACAGUCCCGUGAGGUAGAGGAGGAAGGGCUAAUCUUCAGUUGACAAGAUGAACAAAUGGAGGAGUGGGGAAUUUAAGAGACUUGCCAAGGCUCACAUAGCGAGGAACAAGAAUGCAAAACUCCUAGUUCCUGGUAUACACUGCCAUUCACGUGAGUGUGUGUGUGUAGGUGUGGAUGUAUUAGUCACUCUGAGGAAGUGACUGUACAAACGCACUCAGCAUGUGCUCUUAACUGUCCCUCCCCAGUAUCUUUAUUUAAUGAGAUAAAUGUGUUCAGGUAAAAAAUAACCAGGGGCUUAGAUGCACAGGCAAGGAGUUCUCAGGGGCACUGUGGCGUGAAGGAAAGAGUCUUGAUCAAACAGCCAAGGGAUUCAGGCGCUGCGCCUCUUGGUUGUGACUCUUCCUCUGUGACCUCAGGCAAGUCUGUUGGCCUCACCGUGUUUCUCGGCCUCCUCAUAUGUCAAACUUGCGUCCCAAGGAUGAAGUUUAAAUGGGAGAAAGUUCAAAGUGCAGUGUGAGCACAAACCGAUAAUGGAUUUCCAUAGUUCAGGUUUUCAGGUGACUGUGGUCGGACCCUAGUGCAGAGCCCAGUUACUGCCCCCAGACACGUCUCGAACACAUCUUGCCCCAGGGGUACCGGGUAGUGGACUGGGACUCUCCGAAGGUGAAACCUCUACCUCCUCUGCUUUCCCUAUGGGGCGAGGCACUCAGUGGCUGAGAGCCUGGCGCGCUGUGCCGUGGCCCGAGGCCACCUGGAGAUUUGCUAAAGGUACUCCUCUACAAGGUGUCUGGGUGGGGGGCGCUAGUCAGGACCUAGUAAUUAAGAAGAGAGAAGUAUUCUUGUGGCUGUUGAUAAUUGUUUUGCUAGCUAAUGCCACUGUGGUCGCCACUCAGAGGUGUGUGGGUGAAUGAGAGAGAAAGCAUGUUCCCAGAAGCCAGUGCAAUAAGGACUUAAGACCAUCUAACACAGCUAUAUUCUAAUUUAUCCAUUAGUCAUCAAGACAUUUCCUUCUAACCUUUUUUUUUUUUUGACAUUAAUCCAUCCAUUCAUUAACCCAACUUCUGUUUUCAU